GUGUGCCACGGCACGCCACGACGCACUCUGAUACCGUUAUGGCGGAGGCCAUAAUUACUCAGAUUUCGGACGACUUUCUGGAGUGUACGAUCUGCCUGGAGCCCUAUAAGGAUCCCAAGAUCCUGCCGUGUCUUCACACCUUCUGUAAGGGCUGUCUGGAGAAGUUCGUCGCGCAACAAAGUGAAGGGAAGGACGACAAGUUUCCUUGUCCAACAUGUCGGACUGAAACUGAACUUCCGGGGGGCUGUAUCGAGGGGUUGAAGGACAACUUCUUCGUGCUCAGUCUAAAAGAUGCAGUCGACGUGCAUAAGAAACUGUCAACGGACAGUACAGAUGACAUUACUUGCAGCACAUGCGAUGAAGGGAAUAAAGCAACAUCUUGGUGCCGUAACUGUGACGGCUUUCUUUGCCAAGACUGCCUGACCGCUCACCAGCGACUGAAGGUAACCCGAGAUCAUGACACCAUUAGUCUCGACGAGCUCAAACGCCGUUCUACGUCCAAACCCCUUACCUUCAAGUCUCAGCGACAGCCGAUAUGCGAAGAACACAACGGCGAGGAACUCCGGUUCUACUGUCAGACGUGCCAAAGUCCGAUCUGUCGGGACUGUUUGGUUUUGGAGCACAAAGAUCACGUGCACGGCUACCUGCCCAAAGUGGUGAACGACAUCAGAGCAAAGUUAAGCGAAAGCACUGGAAAAGCGAAACCUAGAAUCGACGAAUAUCUCUUAAUCAAGGAAAGGGUUGUUGCCAAGAAGGCAGAACUGGAUACCAACAAGAAGACGGCUGAAGACGCCAUCGCGGAAGCUAUAGAAACGGCAAUCAAAGGGUUCACUGAUAAUGCAAGACGCAAACAGGCGGAACUCGAAGAAAAACUUGCCUCCAUCACCGCUACCCGUUUCAAACAACUCUCCGCCACAGAAGACACCGUUGAAACCGCUCUGGGCUGUCUGUCCAGCACGGUGGACUACUCACGGAAAAUCGUGGAACAUGGCAGUGACUUUGACGUGGUGAACUAGCCGUAUCAACACUAAGUAAACAUAACAUUUCCUUAGAAUCUCCCUUCGGACCUUCCACGUUCACCACCCUGGGCACCACCGGCCGUCUGGGCCCCACUACCCUGGGGAACCACUACAGGGGACAGGACCAUGAACACCUGGUGACGCUACAUGACGGGAUACAGCACUUUACUGUACCGUGGACGGGCAUCUAUAGCAUAGAGGCG